GGUGGACGCGGGGCUGGACGCGGUCCCCGAGCAGCCGGGCCGGGCAUGGCAGCGACGGCGGUGGCGGCGGGGGCCGAGGCGGCCGAGGGCGCCCCGCGCCCGCCCGCGGCGGCGGCGCUGGAGCUGUGGCUCAACAAAGCCACGGACCCAAGCACCCCCGAGCAGGAUUGGUCAGCCAUCCAGAACUUCUGCGAGCAAGUGAACACUGACCCCAGCGGCCCCACGCAGGCGCCCUGGCUGCUGGCGCACAAGAUCCAGUCUCCGCAGGAGAAGGAGGCUCUGUACGCGCUGAUGGUGCUGGAGACAUGCGUGAACUACUGUGGAGAGAAGUUCCACAACGAGGUGGCCAAGUUCCGCUUUCUGAACGAGCUGAUCAAAGUGCUGUCCCCCAAGUACCUGGGGUCCUGGAGCACAGAGACGGUCAAGGGCCGGGUCAUCGAGAUCCUCUACAGCUGGACCGUGUGGUUCCCAGAAGACAUGAAGAUCCGGGACGCCUAUCAGAUGCUGAAGAAGCAAGGAAUCAUAAAGCAGGACCCGAAACUGCCCAUGGAUAGAAUCUUGCCCCCGCCGUCUCCCUGGCCCAAGAGCUCCAUCUUUGACGCGGAUGAGGAAAAGUCAAAGCUUCUGACGCGGCUUCUCAAGAGCAGCCACCCGGAGGACCUGCAGGCCGCGAACCAGCUGAUCCAGAGCCUGGUCAAGGAGGAGCAGGAGAAGUCGGAGAAGGCGUCGCGGCGGGCCAGCGCGGUGGAGGAAGUGCGGAGCCACGUGCGGGCGCUGCAGGAGAUGCUGAGCGUGUACCGCAGGCCCGGCCAGGCACCCCCAGACCAGGCGGCUCUGCAGGUUGUCUACGAGCGCUGUGAGAAGCUGCGGCCCACCCUCUUCCGCCUGGCCAGUGACACCACGGAUGACGACGACGCGCUCGCGGAGAUCCUCCAGGCCAACGACCUCCUCACGCAGGGCGUCCUGCUCUACAAGCAGGUGGUGGAGGGCCGCGUCAUCUCCGGGACCCCCACGGCCGGCCCCGGGGCAGCCUUACCUGGCCCCAGAGCUGUGGAGAGCCCUGCAGCCAGCACGGAGAGCUGCUCCCUGAUUGACCUGGAGGCGGACAGUGGCUCUGAGCCCGACGGGACGGGGGUGCCCUCUCUGCUGCACCAGGACCUGGCAGCCCUCGGCAUCAGCGACGCCCAGGUCACUAGCAAGGUGUCAGCUCAGGACCUGUGGAAGGAACAGACGCCCUUGGCCACCUCCCUGCCCAGCGCUGCUGGGCCUCCCAGCUUGCCUGCACAGCGGAACUUGCUGGACCUCCUCUCGCCACAGCCGUCUCCCAGGCCGCUGAAUCACUCUUCACAGAAGAGUCUCCCCAAGGAGGUGACCCCCGGCCCCAAGGCCUCCCCGGGCUGGUCCUGGGAGGCCGGCCCUUUGGCCUCUUCGUCCUCCCAGAACACGCCUCUGGCUCACGUCUUCGUCCCCCUGGAGUCUGUGAAGCCCAGCAGUCUGCCUCCCGUGAUCGUGUAUGACCGCAAUGGAUUCCGAAUUCUGCUCCACUUCUCCCAGACGGGGGCCCCUGGCCACCCCGAGGUGCGGGUCCUGCUGCUGACCAUGAUGAGCACCGCCCCGCAGCCCGUCUGGGACAUCAUGUUUCAGGUGGCUGUGCCCAAGUCCAUGCGGGUGAAGCUGCAGCCGGCAUCCAGCUCCAAGCUGCCCGCCUUCAGCCCUCUGACGCCCCCGGCCGUGAUCUCGCAGAUGCUGCUGCUGGACAACCCACACAAGGAGCCCAUCCGGUUGCGGUAUAAGCUGACAUUCAACCAGGGCGGGCAGCCUUUCAGCGAAGUAGGAGAAGUGAAAGAUGUCCCCGACCCGGCCAUGCUGGCCACCGCCUGACACCCUGGCGGGCCCAUGCAGUGCUCCCGCCCGGCACGCAGCUCCUUGGGUGGCCCACUUAGGACGACUGGUGGUGACUUAGUGUAGUGUUUGGGGGUGUCUCCCGCACACGGGCGCGGGAGGCCCCCUGGCCACUUCCUGCUUCCUCUGCACAUUGAGUGUGCAUGUGCGUGUAUGUGUGUGCAUGCAUACAUGCACACAUGCAUGUGUGCAUAUGGCAGGCCUGGGGUGUGGGCAGCGUGGGAGAUGUUCCCUCAGCCCCAGUCCCCCUGCCGCACUCACCCGUUUUCCGCUUGGUGGUACCUGCCCAAGCCGUUGCCUCAGGCUGGAGGGUCUCUCAGCCAAAGUUGGGUGUCUCCACUCCCCCACCCCACCCCCCGCCCGAGCCUGUUUCCUUCUCGUUCAUUCUUUCGGUGCCUUGUCAGCCUUUGAACAUCUUGGUUGCUCCCAGGCUGGAGUUCUCAGGGACCUUCUGAGGGACCUGGUUGGUCUUUGGGGCCUCUCUGGACUCCAUCCCCAUGAGCAGAUGCUGCUCGCAAGGAUUUGGAGAAACUGAAAACGGACCGCAAGGGACCGCCGCUGGACCAGAGCUGGCCUCUCAUGACCUUCAUCACCGUGCCUUACUGAGCCCCCCUCCCUGGGCCCCAGGGGGGCUGGGGGAGCCUGUGUGUGGGGCCCCUGUCUGGGCUCCGUCCUCAUGGUCCUUCCACAGGCAUCCCUCAGGCCUGUGUGUAU